CUCACGAACAAACUGGAACAAGAAGAAGAACAACAAACAAGAAGAAGAAACGAUUUGUAAUGUAAAAAAAAUAUACGAGUAAAAACAGGAAGUUAAUUAUAGAUAAAAGAAAUAAACAAAAAUUAAUAGAAGAUAAAAUUUCGCGGAGAUUGUGGAAGUUAUUUGUUAAUAUUAUUAUUAAGAAGGGGCGUUUUUCUCAAACUACCGUGAAAAAUGGACCUAAAAAAAAUCACGUCAUUAUUUCCAUCGUUCAUAGUGUAUGGAGAGAAAAAGGAGACUAAUAAUCUCCAGUGUUUGUAAAAUAGAAUAAAUGAAGCAAAAAAAUAAAUGGAAAUAAAAAAUUCUCGGAUAUAAAUGGCUUUAUCGUGGACUAAAUGGAAGACUAGAGAAAAAUCAAACGAAUUAUUGAAUACGCUAACAUACAUCAUCAAACGCACGCACUGUGGAACCCCUGGGAAGCGGGGAAUACAGUAAAAUUCCAAUCUGUGCUUUCCCCCAUUUAUUUUGAGAUACUGCAUUGUACUCCACAACGAAACUCUUACCUGUUUCCGUCGCAUAAUUGCUUGCCGCACCAACCAUAAUGAUGACCAUUGACGAGGAGCAGCAAGCCCUACUGAAUCGCGCUGCAGAAGAGCGAGAGCUGAUAUUCAAUCGCUACAGCCUAGGGUUGGACCCCACCAAUCAGGUGGACCCCUGGGAGAACCCCACUUAUGAGAUCUACCAUAUAACAGAUAAAUACGGUUUUAUGCAUGAUUCCCGACUACCCGACAGACGCGAUUCUCAUGAGAUACAACGAACCAAAAUUGAGUUGGAACGUGAUAAGAAAUGGCACAAAAUGUUAGCAGAUUGGAAUCCACGCCAUGAGAAACUGCGCAAACGUGUUUUCAAAGGUAUACCCGAUCGUAUGCGUUGGCCUGCGUGGAAAAAAUUAUUGAAUGUUGAAGAGUCUAUGGCAACAAAUGAAAAGGUGUAUCAAAACAUGUUGGAUUUGUCUAGAAAAUAUUCCACAGAAGUGCGACAGAUAGAUUCGGAUGUGAAUAGACAAUUUCGUGAUAAUUUAGCUUUUCGUGAGAGAUACAGUGUUAAACAAGUCUCUCUGUUCAAUGUAUUGAACGCAUACAGCAUUUAUAAUCCUGAGCUGGGCUAUUGCCAGGGCAUGGCAUGCGUGGCAGGUGUAUUGUUACUUUAUAUGCAAGAGGAGGAAGCGUUCUGGGCUCUCAAUGCAUUAAUCGUAAAUGAAAAGUUUGCCAUGCACGGUCUAUUCAUAGAAGGAUUCCCAAAAUUGACACGCUUUCUGGAACACCACGAUCGUAUUAUGUUGAAAAUAAUGCCAAAACUACACAAACAUUUUAUGAAACAUAACGUUGACGCAAUACUUUACUCAAUUAAAUGGUUUUUUGUUGUAUUCGUAGAACGGAUACCAUUUAGCUUAAGCCUACGUGUCUGGGACAUUUUUCUUUUGGAGGGCGAUCGUGUUAUUACGGCAAUGGCAAUUACAAUAUUAUACCUGCACAAAAAUGAACUGCUCCGUCUUAAAGAUAUGGAUACGAUACUAGAAUAUUUACAAGUGAAACUCCACAAGAAUUUCGGCUACAACGAUGAUUAUGCCAUAGAGGCCUUAGAACGUGUAAUGAAAAAGUUGAAGGAACACAAACUGGAUGUUCCUCCGCCAGCCAAAGUAAAUGAAUUUCCUACAAAACCAUUGGGCCAGUUUGUCGAAGCUGAUGUUGAAAAGAAAAUUGGACGUCGACGUUCCGAAUACACAGAUACAGAGAAGCAAGUCAUAAGUGAUGUUAUAUUGAGACAAGAGCAAAACGCUAUCGAAGUACAAUCUACUGUAUCAUACGAAACUUCAGAAUGUGCCACAGUAACUUUAACUGUGCCCGAGGAUAAUCAUUCAAUAAGAAGUUCGCUUGCAGGUACCUCUAUGGCUUCUCAUGGUUCCUCGGAGACCUUUUCCUUAGAGGACAACAACAUACACUUAAAGACAGCAAAUGCCCUGCAAAAUACACCCCAGCGAGAGGUAUUGAUGGGCACCUGACGAUUGCCACCCUCAACGCCGCCUCUACACAACUCAAUAAAACAAUGCUAUUCAUCGCCGCUAAUGGAAACAACCAAACAAAUGAGCGCCGAGUAUAAGGGAAAAAUGGUUGUGUCCUCAGCGGUACCGGUGGUGUCUUCAAUAAACAGCUUGCACGCCUCCCCAAACACUCCAAAGCACACUGUCGACUUGCUAAUAGAAGCAGCCACACCCACCACGCCUGUAACUCCAGUGGCGGCCACAACGCCUGUGCAAACUCCUACUCCUACAUCCCAGUUAACAUCUUUUGCUAUUGUUUAAAGACAAUCAAUCACCCCCACAAUAUUCUUUAUUAUACCUAAUUUUAUUGCGAUUAGUUUUAAGCAGCAGCCAUACAUACAUAUAUGCUGAAUAUUUGUAUUAUUUUCCUUUUCGAAUAAAAAUAAACUCAAAAAGCCCGGUUUAAUAUAAAGUCCCAUAGUUCUUUACAUACAUAUAUAUAGCUGGAAGGGUCCUAACACUGCUCUAUCCAAGUCUGUAUUGUCCCUUGAAUCAUGUAUUUUGUGUUUUGCUCCUAUCAGCGCUCAAUUAGUAGUCUCAAUGUCCUUUUUGGUUCUUUUUUGUAUAUGACAUUGUCCGGGAACAUCGAUAACCAAAAUAUGUAACCAAGUAUAUAAACACUUUGAGCUUACUGUUACAUGAAAUAUUUGUAUAUAUGUGUAUAUGAUCAUUAGUAUGUACACACGUAGGUUUAGGUAUAACACGUCCUAAAAUUAUGUCCACCCCCUCCAAUUAAAUUGAAUUUGUUAUAGAUCGAUACUGUAAGGUUCUGUCCGACUUGGUUCAAAAACAAUUCCGCUAUGCAUUUCCUUGUUUCCAGUACAACUAACAAAUACUUUUAGGUUUGUAAUUAAGUUAUUUAUUCAUUUGUAUUUCUUACUGACUAAGAAAGCAUUUAUGGUUUUAUAUUCAUAUAGUUAUAAGAAACAUAUUAAAUAUAAAUGUAUAUUACAAAAUAA